GCGGCUGCAGGGGGAAGCGGGCAUUACCAACCCGUCUGCGGAGGAGGGAGGCGCUGGCCCGUCCCAGCUGCAGCGCGACCCCGGGAAGGCACGAGACGGCGCUGCCAACGCCACCGCCAACGCCGCCGCCGCCUGCGCCGUAGGACCGCACUGAGGCGAGAAACCAGGUGCCAAGGUCUCCUGAUGAAAUGUUUUCUGCCCCACUGGGCUCUGGGGGCAGUUUCUGGUGCUGUUGAUGCCCUUGUUCGAACUUUCCAGAAUGGAUAGUCCCCCAAAGUUGACUGGAGAGACCCUCAUCGUCCACCACAUCCCCCUGGUGCACUGUCAAGUCCCAGACAGGCAGUGCUGUGGAGGGGCAAGUGGAGGUAGUGGGAGCACAAGACCCAAUCCUUUCUGCCCACCUGAACUGGGCAUCACCCAGCCUGAUCAAGACCUAGGACAAGCUGACUCCCUGCUAUACAACAGUCUGCACUCUGCUCCAGGGGGAUCUGUGCGGUCUACAGACAGCACAAAGAAUAGGGGUAGGGAUGGAAGAGGCCCCGGGCCCCCUAAACGACACAAUCCCUUCUUGCUGCAAGAGAGUGUGGCUGAGCCAGGACUUGGUGACCUAUAUGAUGACAGCAUUUGUGAUAGUGCCACCCAGCAGUCCUUCCACCUGCAUGGGGCUGGCCAGCCCACCUUCCAUCUGUCUUCUUUCCAGCUGCCACCUCCUGGCCCCAGAGUGGGCAGGCCAUGGGGGGCAACAUGUAGUCGGGCUGGAGUAGUAGAAGGGCAGGAGCAGGAGCCCGCACCCACCUUGGAUACCCAGCCAUGUAGCACCAGCCACAGCUGCCGGCCAGAGCUGGAAGCAGAGACCAUGGAACUGGAUGAGUGUGGGGGUCCUGGUGGGAGUGGCAGUGGAGGUGGAGCCAGUGAUACCUCUGGCUUUUCCUUUGACCAGGAAUGGAAGCUCAGUUCAGAUGAGUCCCCAAGAAACCCCGGGUGCUCAGGCUCGGGAGCCCAGCACUGCCGCUGCAGUAGCACCUCCAGUCAGUCUGAGGCGGCUGACCAGUCCAUGGGCUAUGUGAGUGACUCCUCGUACAACAGCUCAGAUGGGGUGCUUGUCACAUUCAGCACCCUCUACAACAAGAUGCAUAGCAACUCCCAUGCCAAUCUCAACUCUGCUCCACAAUCUUGCAGCAACUCUUCCUUCUGCAGCCACUCAGACCCCGGCGCCUUCUACCUGGACCUGCAAACUUCCCCAGCUGAGUCCAAGAUGUCUUGUGAGUCCCACCACCCUGACAGUGGAGGAAGGGAAGGGGGCUUUGGUUGUCCUCAUGCCUCAUCUCCUGAGCUUGAUGCCAACUGCAACUCCUACCAACCACACUGUGAGCCCUGCCCAGCUGUGGCCGACCUCACAGCCUGCUUCCAGAGCCAGGCCCGUCUUGUUGUGGCCACACAGAAUUACUAUAAACUUGUCACCUGUGACCUGUCCUCCCAAUCAUCCCCCAGCCCAGCUGGCUCUUCCAUCACCAGCUGCUCUGAGGAACACACCAAGAUAAGUCCUGCACCAGGCCCUGGCCCCAGCCAGCCCUCUGAGUAUUACCUCUUCCAGAAGCCAGAAGUGCAGCCAGAGGAACAAGAAGUAGUGGUUUCCUCAGUGGAAGUAGCAGCUCCUGUGGGCCCCACUGUGAUCGAGGGGCAAGUGUACACUAACACUUCACCCCCCAACCUCAGCACUGGUGGACGUCAGCGCUCCCGAAGCUAUGAUCGCAGCCUUGAGCGCAGCCCUUCUGUCCGUCUGGGCUCACUGGAACGUAUGUUGAGUUGUCCAGUGCGCUUGAGUGAGGGCCCUGCAGCCCUGGCCGGGCCUAGCUCCCCACCUAGGCGGGUCACAUCCUUUGCUGAGCUCGCCAAGGGCCGGAAGAAAGCUGCAGGCUCUGGCUCUCCCCCACUUCGAGUGAGCACUGGGGACUCCUCCCAGGAGUUCUCACCCAUCCAAGAAGCCCGGCGAGAUAGGGUGGGCCCUCUGGAUGAAGGUACUCGCUGUAGCCAUAGCCUACCACCCAUGCCCUUGGGGCCAGGCACUGACUUACUUGGCUCAGAGCCCUGGUCCACCCAAGUCUGUCAGGGCCCCCAGUCCAGUGAGAUGCCACCUGCUGGCCUCAGAGCUGCUGGGCAAGGCCCCCUGACUCAACUGAUGGAUCCAGGGCCUGCUCUCCCAGGAAGCCCAGCCAACAGCCAUGCCCAGAGGGAUGCAAGAGCUCGAGCUGACGGGGGUGGUGCUGAGAACCGACCAGUCCUCCGCUACAGCAAGGAGCAGAGGCCAACCACACUGCCCAUUCAGCCCUUUGUGUUCCAGCACCACUUCCCCAAGCAGCUGGCCAAGGCCCGGGCCCUCCACAGCCUUUCCCAGCUCUACAGCUUCUCAGGCUGCAGCCGUGCACAGCAGCCUGCCCCACUGGCCGCCCCCACUGCUCAAGUCCCAACCUCAGCUCCCUUAGGGGAGUCACAGGCAUCCACUGACGGAAGUGACAGGAGAGCUGGGCCUGAGCCAGAAACCUCAAGGCCGUCACCCCUGGGCAGCUACUCCCCCAUUCGGAGUGCUGGUCCCUGUGGGCCCAGCAGCGACUCUUCUGCCUCCACUUCGUGCUCCCCUCCUCAGGAGCAGGACACAGCCACAGAAAGCCCAUUCCCAUGGAGCCACUCCUGUCCUCCUGCCCUUCGGCCAGGCACCUCCCAGCAGCCACAGGAGGAUCAGAAGAUACUGACCUUGGCUGAGUACCGGCUCCAUGGAUCAGGAAGCUUGCCUCCUCUGGGCUCCUGGAGGUCUAGCCUCAGCCGAGCAGAGAGCCUGUCCCGGGGAGGUGGUGAGGGCAGCAUGGCCUCCAGGCCCAGUAAUGCCAACCACCUAUCCCCUCAAGCACUCAAGUGGCGGGAAUACAGAAGGAAGAACCCACUAGGGCCACCUGGUUUGUCAGGGAGCCUAGACCGAAGGCCCCAGGAAGCUCGGCUGGCCCGAAGGAACCCCAUCUUUGAGUUCCCUGGCUCCCUCAGUGCUGCUGGCCAUCUGAACUGCCGCCUAACUGGCCAAGUAGUGAAGCCAUUACCACUAACCUGCCCUGACUUCCAAGACCCCUUUUCCUUGACUGAGAAGCCUCCAGCUGAGUUUUGUCUGUCCCCUGAUGGCAACUCAGAGGCCAUUUCCAUUGACCUGCUUCAGAAAAAGGGGUUGGUGAAAGCUGUUAACACCGCUGUGGACCUCAUUGUUGCCCACUUUGGCACAAGCCGGGAUCCUGGGGUGAAGGCAAAGUUGGGGAAUAGUUCUGUGAGCCCCAAUGUAGCCCACCUGGUUCUGAAGUACCUGUGCCCUGCGGUCCGGGCUGUGCUGGAGGAUGGGCUCAAGGCCUUUGUGUUAGACGUGAUCAUUGGGCAACGUAAGAACAUGCCGUGGAGUGUGGUUGAGGCUUCCACAAAGUUAGGCCCAUCUACCAAGGUUCUGCAUGGCCUCUACAACAAAGUCAGCCAAUUCCCAGAGCUCACCAGUCACACCAUGCGCUUCAACGCCUUCAUCCUCGGCCUGCUCAACGUCCGGUCCCUGGAGUUCUGGUUUAACCACCUGUAUAACCACGAAGAGGUGCUGCGCGCGCACUACCAGCCGUGGGGCCUGCUGCGCGCCGCGCGCCCCGCGUGCCCCGGCCUGGCGGACGAGCUGCUGCUGCUGCUGCAGCCCCUGGCGCUGCUGCCCUUCAGCCUGGACCUGUUGUUCCAGCACCGGCUGCGGCAGCGCGGACGGCGGCAACGCCGGCACAAGGAGCUGCUGCGUGGGGCGCAGGCCCUGCUGCUGUCCGCCCGCUCCACGCUGCAGCUGGCGCGCGCGGGUCCCGGGGAGCGCGCGGAGGGCGUGGGCGCCGCGGGAGCCGAGGAGGAGCAGGAGGAGGACGCGGACCCGGCGGCCGGCGGCCCCGGGCGCGGCGGGCCGCGAGGCGGGCAGUCCGGCUGGUGGUACCAGCUCAUGCAGAGCUCCCAGGUCUACAUCGAGGGCUCCGCGGAGGGUUCCAGGUUCCCCCGCGGAGGCGGGGGUGCUGGCGGUGAGAAGAAAGGGACAGGAGGUGGGGGACCGCCGCCCCGGGAAGGAGUGGUGGAGGGAGCAGAGGCCUGUCCUGCCACCGAGGAGGCCACUGGCCGGGACCAGAGCUGGCCCUCCUGGAUGGGGAGCCCUCCGGAUUCCGUGCUGGCCGAGUUGAGGUGCAGUCGGGAGAGGGAGGGGCCCAGCGCCUUCCCAGCGGAAAAUGAGACAGAAGCCCUAGAGCCUUCACCUGGGGGCAUCAAGUGGGGGCACCUCUUUGGUUCCCGAAAGGCUCAGCGGGAGGCCCGGCCCACAAACAGGCUACCCUCAGACUGGCUCAGCUUGGACAAGUCCAUGUUCCAACUAAUGGCACAGACCGUGGGUAACCGCCGGGAACCAGAGCCGAAGGAGAGCCUGCAGGAGCCACACUCUCCAGCCCCACCUUCCAAGCCUCCAUGCGAGGUGAAGGCACUGUGCCACCAUCUGGCCACAGGCCCUGGGCAGCUGAGCUUCCACAAAGGAGACACUCUGCGGGUGCUGGGGCCAACUGGAGGAGACUGGCUGCACUGCAGUCGUGGCCCUGACACUGGCCUGGUGCCUCAGGCCUACGUGACCCUGACCACAGCUCUAAGUUCAGCCACUGGAAGCAGCCAAAACUGAGGCCUUGUGCAUGUUGGUGGCCUCAGGGACCCUCAUAAACCCCCAGACUCGGAGCCUGAGAGCCCUUUCCUCUGGCUUGGCCACAGAGAGUAGACUGAGAACUGGGGGCCAUGUGUACCUGUGCUCAGUAUUAAUUACUCCCCCUUAACUGUCCCAGUGACCUCGUCCAGACCUCCACCCAGGAAAGGAGGAAAGGGUCUCAGCACUGGGCUGCGGGGAUUUCUGCGGCCCACAUGGGCCAGCCUUUCCGUGGGUACAGACGAGCAUGUCCCUAUGGAAGGAGGUCACCAGAAGGCCCAUUUGCAGGGUUCCCUAAGCCAGGUGGUGAAGAGUAUGGGUGACAGUAUUGGGGCCAGAUCCCUAAGCCCCCAGCUGUAAAUAGACUGUGGCCAGUGCCUGGUGGUCAGAAGAGGGACGAGGAGCCCAGGCUUCUGUUUAUGUAUUUAUUUACUUAUUUAUUACACCUAUUAAUAAAAAAGGUGCUUGGCCUCCAAA